AUGGCCGAAUCGAUCCUACCAGGAGACAGAGGCAUGGCCAAGCGGAGAAAAGUGCGGAAAGGUACUCAGAGCUGCUGGGAGUGCAAACGCCGGAAGGUUCGCUGCAUCGUCUCCUCGCCCUCUAAUAAACUUUGCGACAAUUGUACAAGACGUGGCACUACAUGUAUCAGCCAGGAAUAUCCAGACAAGCCCACACUCCCCAUCAACAAUAACCAAACCGAGGCGAGGCUCCGCCGAGUUGAGGAACUCCUGGAGCUGCUGAUUCAGAACACCAAUCCUUCCUUGGACCCUUUUCCCCUGCAUGCUAGGGAUAUAUCGCAUGAAGAACCUCUUCCCGAAGCAGCAUUAUGGAAGGAGACAUCCCAGAGUCAAGUUGAUAGUCCGCCCAGUGGUGCAGAAGCAUGCGACCAACUCUCACAUAAGUGCGUUACAAGUAAAUAUGAGGAAUUGGUGCGCCAUCUCAUCGCUGCAUGGCCCAGUCAAGAUGAUAUCAAUCUCAUUGGGAAACUCCAUGUCGGCAUUUCGACCCAUCUACACCGUGACAUAUGCACUCCUCAUUCUAGAUUACAGGACCACAACUCACUAUCCCCUCAGGAGAUGCUGCAGUUACCUCCAAUGGGCUCCCAUCCAGUACUGAUCGCGCGAAAACUGAUGAUGCUUGCUACAUUCCUGCAGGGUGCUCUUGGGUCUUCAUUCCAAGAAUUUGAUGGCAGAAGCAACUAUUAUCGCGAAAUCAUGGACCGGGCCAUGGAUAGGGCCACUAAGCUUGUGACUUCAAAUGACAGCCUUGUCGCCUCAGUCGAAGGCAUUGAGUGCAUUAUGAUCGAGGCCAUGUAUCACAAUUAUGCUGGGAAUCUUCAUCAUGCGUGGAUGGCAGUCCACCGGGCUGUGGCUCUGGCACAAAUGAUGGCACUUCAUCGAGGUCUCAGCUCGCCAUCUCUCAAAAUUCUUACGGCUGAAAUGCGAGCGACCCUCGACCCGGAUCAUAUGUGCUUUCGUCUGGUCGAAAUGGACCGCUAUCUCUCUCUUAUGCUAGGUCUACCUCAAAGCUCCCUGGAGGCUCGCUAUUUGAAUCUCAAAGCAUUAAAGGCCUGUCAUCCGGUUGAUCGUAUGCAGCGCACCCAUUGCAUUGUUGCCGGGCUUAUUCUGGAACGAAACAACACCGAUCUGGACAGUCCCUUCAAAAUCGAGGAUAUUGAAAAACUUUUGUUGGAUGCCUCCGCGGAUAUGCCACCUCAAUGGUGGUUGAUUCCAAACUUUUCAUCACAAGACAGCAGCGGCACGGAGCUUGUCGAGAGCACUGCUGGCCUGCUAGACCAACUCGCUCACUAUCACUUGCUAUUGAGGCUACACCUUCCUUCCAUCUUACAAGCUUCAUCUGAUACCAGUCACGACUACAGUAAAAUCAGCGCCCUAAACGCUAGUCGCGAAGUUCUUUCUCGCUAUAUAGUCUUCCGCGCCUCAGAUCGGGCACACCUAUAUUGUCGAGGUGGUGACUAUCUCGCAUUUUUGUCUAUUGUGGUCCUCUGUCUUGCCCACGUGAAUGCCCAAAAUCAACAUCGGCAAUUACCAGAACGAGCCUCGGAGUUUGGCGUUGUCUGCCACCUUCUCGUUCAAAGCCGUCCCAGCGACCGCGGGUUGAUGGAGCGCACCUUUGGAUUCCUUGAAUCUAUGGCCAACUCGGGCACCGAUUCGAUUGCUUCUAAGCUUACCCGUAUCCUUUCUCAUCUCCUUGAUGUUGAGGCUAAUUCUGCCAACGGAACUAUUUACAAUACGAGCUCCUCCAAGGUGGAUGGGAAUGAUCUCCAGUGUGACGGCAAGCUGACCAAUGACGGUGAAACUCUGCAAAUUGAUAUUCCUUAUUUUGGGACGAUCAAUUUCGAGCGAGGAGCCAUUUCAAGGUCCGCCUUGACAACGACUAAGCAUGUCGAUUUGGAGACCUCGAUCCAAUCUGACACUGAUGAAUUAUAUUUGGAUCAGUCGCGGGAAUACACUGACCAACCUUGGCUUAUGGAAGAUUUCGCACUUGCAGAGAGUGACUGGAAUCUGCAAAAUAUUGAUACAGCCCUGUUUAAUAGCCUUUUCUGUGGAAUUCCCAUGCCAGACAUGGAUCUCGAUGGAACGGAGGGCGCAUGGAUACCCUAG